AUGGCUGCGCAAAAGUCCUCCAAUUUUGAAGCCGCCAUCGAAGCUAGCCGGAAGCUGUCUAGCAAGCCUACCGAUGAUGAUCUGUUAGAACUCUACGCACUUUUCAAGCAAGGAACGCAAGACCCUCCUUUCGAGGAUGCUCCCAAGCCUGGAACGUUUGACUUCAAGGGCAAAUACAAAUACAACGCCUGGAAAAAGAUCGCCGAAGAAGGCCUCUCUGCUGAAGAAGCACAAGAGAAAUACGUCUCUCUUGUCGAGAAAUUCAAGGAGAAGUACGGAUAUGAUGCGUUGAAGGCGCCAGAACAGGUUGGCGGAAGUUAG